AUGGGCCUUUUCAGCCGGAAAGACCGGUCCAAGCUGCCCAAACCGCCAUUGAGCUCCUCCCAAACGCCGCAAAAGCAAAAAUCACACUCGGCAUCGCCAAAUCCCGAAAAUAAACCCGCCUCCGCCCUUGCUCCUCCAAAACCAAGCCUACCCAGACAAAUCAGCACAGAACACGCCAACGACUUUGCCGAGGAUGAAGAGGACCAGGAAACGGACGAUCUGGACUACGAGCCCCACAUGCACACGUUUCUCCCCCGUGACAGGCCGUCGGUGUCUCAAUUGUCGACUUUGAUGGGAUACUGUGGAAUCGGGCUGGAUCUGAAGGAAGGGCUCCAAAAAGCGGCCAACGAGGAGCUGAAACGGACAUUUUCGUUGCUUGACGAGAGCUUCAAAAUCACACGUUUGCUGCCGACCAUGAGCCGCAACGACAAGCUUCUCGAGGCGUCCAUUAUCGACGAGGCCCAGGUUUCGCUUAUCAACAGACUCAAGGAGGAACUCAACGCCGUGAUCGACAUCAAGGGCAAACUUCCGGAACAGUACCUGCUUCUCCAAGAUCACAAAACGCUCCAUCAGCGAUAUGGCGCUGUCAAAGACGUGGUAGGUCGUGGAGCUUAUGGUGUUAUCAAGCUCAUAGAUUCUGGUGAAGAGGACCGGGUCUACGCUGUCAAGGAGCUACAAAAACGCACCCAGGAUAACAAAACAGAGCCUACGGAUAAGUUCAUCGACAGGGUCAUUUCCGAGUUCAUCUUAUCGUCUGCUUUAAACAACAAGAACAUUGUCAGAACCGUCGAUCUCAUGGUCACGCUUCCACCGAUCGACAGCACCGGCGCCUCGCUCAAAGUCAACCAGGUCAUGGUGGCGCUGAAUGGCGGAACCCUUUUUGCAUACCUCAAGAAAUGUGUCUCCAACAAGCACUACGUCUCCAUCGACGACAUCGAUUGCAUGAUCAAGCAGAUCGCCAGGGGCCUCUGGUACAUGCACCAGCACGGUGUGGCUCACUGUGACUUGAAGUUGGAAAAUAUCUUGAUAGACUACGACGAGCUGUCGAUCCAGCCGGGCCGAAACGGCAAAAUGGCUCGGAUGAACCUCAAAAUCUCCGAUUUCGGCAAAUCCAGCGUUUUCAGAACAAAGUGGGAUCUGACAGAGCAGUUCUGGCCUGCGUCCAACGGGCCCAUUGGCUCAGAACCAUUGCUGGUCUUUGGGGUGUUGAUUUUGGUCUUGUACAACGUGAGACGGCACUAUUUCUGUGGCACCUCUGACAAUUUUGUUGUGACGACUUACUACGAUAAGGCGUCCAAGGAGGAGGAUUCUAGGGCUUACGGCAGCACAUACUUGUGGAAACGGACUGAUUUGAAGCCGCUUUCUCAUAAAAAAUACAGAGAUUCGGUUUUCGACGAAUACGUCCACAACGCCAUGGUGGCAGACUACAACAGCAAAACGCAAGAAUGGACCAUCAAGAAAGAAGGCAGUUUCAUUCCUAUAGAGACGCUUUUUGACAAAGGCAGCGAUAACGAGUCGGACGAAGACGACAGUGACGAAGAAGGUUUCGAAGAGUCCGACUACGAAAUACGGCGUCUCUUCAUAUACAAAUUGCUCGACAUGAAUCCUUCUACAAGAUUAACCGUGGACGACCUUUUGAGCGGCGCCUGGAUCAACGACGUUGAAAGCUGUGCUUGA